AUGGCAUCCUUUCUUACUCUACCACCAGAGAUCUUGGUUCUAAUCGCAACGAACCUUGACCUUGCCAAUUACUUACGGUUCCGCAUGACUUGUCGUCAGAUGUGGAAAUUAUUUGGCUGUGAGGCUCUUGCGCCCACUUUGAAAGAUAUCAAGGCUCUUAAAAGCGAGGAGCUAGAGUAUUGGUAUGAGAACUGUCAAUUAGGAAAACAUCAUUACAUAUCGAAAGGCCACAUUCUAUCAUACGCCUAUCGCAAGAAUGGUCUGACUUUAGGCCUGAAGUUUCUGAUCGAAAAAGGAGCAUCCCUGAAGUUUAUUUCUUGUGGCAACCUCGUUGAGCAGGCCGCUCGUUCGAACGAUUACAAAAGUCGAUUGAGCUGGUUGACCGAUCAUGGUGCUUCUUAUCAUGAGGUCCGAGGUGGGAUCAACAGGCUCUGUUGUGAAAGUUACGACAGAAGCUGCAAAUCCCACGACAAACGCGAUAUCGACAAGUUCAGGUGGCUGUUCCAGCACGGAGCCUCUUUGGAUAUUUUGGCCAAAACAGUCCUCCAAGUUCGAAACCGAUAUGGUCCAAGGACAGCGGAAGCUCUACGAUUUCAACACAACCGUUUGAGGAAGGUACUCAGUGCGGAGCAGAUCCCUCGACCUCCCAAAAAAUUGUCACAGCGCCUUCGACAUAUCGCCACGACUUCGUACUAG